GGACAGGCUGCCUCUCACACACACGUGUGUCUAAUUUAGGGACAGUCCACAGGAAAAACUGGAGCUCAUUAAUCAUUUGCGCAGUUUGCUCGUCCUCCUCGUAACAUGUACAUGUUGUCAGUGUAAAAAACCUGCAUGUGUUUUGGAUUAAAAGGGUGUCCGACACUGAAAUGUCUCACCAUUGGAAAUGCAGCUCCACGCCUGUCUGUUGCUUUUUAUCGUCACAACAGAUAAAGCGCUGGCCUCUUUAUAUCAUCACUGUGGUGGAAAUGUCAGCUUGGACCAAAAGCCUGCUGGUCACAUCAAUCUCACUUUGCCUGGACUGUUUACUAACAGCAGCAGUCUCGACCCCAUGAUUCUGCAGUCUGACAAAACCUCACAGGUUUUAGUUUGCACUUGGGUGAUAGAUAUUCCUUUGGGGGGGCAGGUACUCUUAAAUUUAGUAUGGUUGGAAAAUGGUUCAAGCAUAUCGGUGCGCUGUGUCUGGAAAGAAGAUCGAGCCUUGGCCAGCGGGGGCAAGGCUCUGCUGUCUGGUUGUGACAAGAACAAAGCCGCCCUCACUUGGACAGGAGUAGGACGUUCUUUAAAUGCAGUUCAGCUGUCUUAUUAUGUCCAGGAAGAUGAGAGGAAUUCCUCGGAGGACCGCUCAACCCAACAUCCAGGCCGAGACCCCACUCAAUGGUUUCCAACAGGAACCAGCUUUACAAAUACUCCUCCUGUUGAUCAAGAAGUGGCGAGAGGCAUGAAGGAGGGCAGAGAUCACACCUACGAUGGUCUGGAGAGGAGUUUUGCACCUCUUUCUGUGUCUAGUGCCUCCUCUCUGGAUCAGGGACUGCUGAACCCCACCUCACCCCAGCAGGGACUCCCUGUCACUGGGAGAAGUGAUAGGGAAACUCUCCCUCUUCCUGAGGAAAAACCAAACAAUGGAGCGGAAACAUCUGGAGCUACUCACCUCACCAAUGGUCCCAUGGCUGCCAGAAAUACAACACGCCCAUAUUUUCAGCAUGGACUCAGUGCAGGCCCCAAUACAAGCACACCCUCAAACCCGACUGAAAAAAGCCUUCAAACUCGGAUGGCAUUGACAGAUGAAACAGCCAGUAGUUCAGCUCUCAUGCUUGGCAAAGCUAUACAAGAUACAUCCAUUCAGACAUCUAAAAACACAGGCAAAGAUGUUGCCACACAAAUGGAUCAAAGACCGUCCAGCGCCAGCGUUCCUCUCCGUACUUCUCCAGCUGAGCUAUCUUCCUCCAGGACAGGUCAUACAGGCAUAACCGCACACGGUGUGGGUGUUAGUGGGACAUCUGGAGAUGAACGGCCUCAUUCCUGGAGGAGCCAGAGAAGCACAGACAGACAUAAUUCUGACCUGACCUUUGCUGUCACUUCUGACCCUUUAAAAUCCUCCAUCAAAACGUUGCAGGAUGACUUCAGUGCACAAACCCACACUGAACCCACUGCAUCAUCAUCAUCAUCUUCAGACGUUUACAGCGGCACUCAUUCAUUCAACACCCACUUCACAGAGCUCAACAAUGUCGUUAGCACUGUGGAGGCUGAUCCAGUUCAUCCAAACAUAAGUCAAAAUGACUCAUUUGUAUCUGUUGCUGCUGCUCAGACUGUCACCUCUGAGUUGCCUGAUAAGUUUGAACAAACUGAGAUGACGCUCCCAUCUUCCUCAAGGAGUCUAACGGACUCUCCUCAAAGCACAGAGAGCCCCACACACUCUGCUUACACGUCCUCUUCGUUUACACAGACAGACAAAGAGACACAAACGGCAGUAGAAAGUGCACGCAGAAAUAUCAUUGAUACACACCCGACUAGAAACACUAUCCCUUCCCCACCUGGUAUUACCAAGGCUUACAGUUGGACUUCAGGGUUCACCGAUUCUUCUUCUACACCCAGGGCAGCGCUGACCGUGGGAGGUGUAACCCAAAACUCAGCCAUCACAGGAACCACUGGAGUGACAUACACUCUGCAUCCUGCUCACACACUCCUACGUGAUGACUCGCCCACAGAUUCUACUGCUGUUGCUGUUUCAUCAUCCACCACAUCCACAGAGUCCUCUACAGCUUUGUACACACUCCACACACACAGUACGUUUCCUGAUAGUUCACACCCCGCUUUAACCUCGUCUGUGUCUCAGUCCACGGGCCACACAGUCAGCAAAGCCACGCCUUCACCUCCACGAAUGUCACCUCCUACACACAAUCACCCGCCUCUUCCGAGUUCUACUAAUAUGUCACCAACACGUAACCAAUCCCAACCCCUAAUUAUUACUACUACUACACAUACUCCGCUCCCUUCUACUGUAACAUUAGAUUAUGGAGAUGGAGAAGUACAAGUAGAAAAUUCUGAUAAGUUUUGGCAGUGGUCUCCCAGCAGCACGACCACACGCACUCCCACAUCUGGACUACCAAAGCAACCUCCACAACGGACAACCAUGCAUCCCAGCCAGGAAUCCUCUUCUGCUUUAACCUCCACACCUGCUCGAAGCUCCACAAACAGUCCCAAGUUCUACAUCGUGCCAGAUCAGCCUGCUGCCAUUAGAGUGGAGUCAGUUGAGCUGCUGCUGCAGAUAGUUGUAGAAGAGCCCAUGUUGGCUUCAAAUGUCAAUUUGGAGAACGACACUACUACCUGGAUGAAGCCAUACCUACAGAAAGCCCCAGGGUUCAGCCGGCUGCUGGGAGUCUGGAGCAGUGGCCGUGCAGUGCAGAGCCUGCUGGAGUUCAAAACCAGCAGAGCUCUGGAGUGGCUCAGCAUGACAGAACCCACAUCACUGCUGGAGCGUACUGGACUAGCCCAGGCUGUUCGCAACAAGAGGACAUUCAGGACUUCCAGGAUCACCAACAUCACAAUCGGAGGUCUGCAGGGCGACAUUUGUGACUGGUUACUGCAGUGCUCUGCAGGAUAUAAGUGUGUUUCCCAGCCUGGCACUGCCAACUACAGCUGUUCCUCAGUCUGCCACUUUGACUACUGCCACCAUCACGGCAUCUGCACACAUCAUCCACACCAGCUUCCCGUUUGCCGCUGCCUUGCAGGUGACGAUUUCUGGUUCAUGGGUGAGAGGUGCGAUGUAAGGAUGACCCGCGCACGUCUCAUUGGUGCGUGCCUUGCCAUCUUACUCAUCAUAGUGACUGUGAUCAUCAUUUUGGCGUUUGUGGCAGUGCGACGCUAUCGAGCAAUUCUGAUCCAGGCCAAAGUAGACCAGACUCGCAGCAGCUAUCGCAGAUUCAACCACUUUGAUGAGCUGUCAGGUCGCUUCUGGUUGCGCUCGUGGGCGGGAUCAGCAGACUCAUUGGACAAUCCUGCCUUCACACGCUCCGAUGAGUUGCUGCAUCUGCGAGCGCUUGACCGCCCCUGCUGUUACCACGACGACACGCUGUCACUGGCUUCCACCUGCCCCAGCCAUGGAACACGAAUCAACACAAUCUACCCCCACAGUUCCCAGUAUGGAUGGAGGGGGAGUGAGAUGAGUAUGGGGGAUGGUGUGCUGGACUCGGGUAAGGCCAGUGACCUUUCAGUGUGUAGCUGGCCAGUGGAACCCAUUCACUGGACUCCAUUUCCACUUCUGCAGCAACUGGCUUCUCACAGGACACCCACAGUCAGGGUGUCACGACCACGGUCCUACUGUGAAGGCAUGGAGCUUGUAGACAUGGGGAAGAGCUGGACUGCUUGACUUGCAUAUGGAGGAUCCAAUCUGUUCUGACACUGGUUUUUACAGUUUAUUAAUGCAUUGUAAAGUUCAAAUAUUUGUGUUUUGUUAAUUAAAAAAAAAGUAAGGCAGUAAAUGUGUACAUAUUUCUUUCUUUUUUUGAAAGAUUAAAUCUGUUUCUGAUGCUGAGAUGUUAACUGCAUGUCUGUCAUGUGUGGUACAAGGUCUUGGAAAAUGUUCUACUGUUACUCAGGGCAUCAAUAUAUUGUAUUUACUUUUGGAAUUAAAGCCAUCAAAGGAUAUUUAUACUCUACUUACUUUCAAUAACAACUGAAGACUUUACACUUAGAAAUACAAUAAUAAAAUAAAAACACAAAGAUGUUUUCACAUUUUUGGACAGACUAAUUGAUUUAAGUACUAGCUGAAACAUUUUUAGUUACCACCCCUCCUUUCUACAUAUUUUGCUUCCAAGGAGCGGGACUUUUUUGUAAUUUUCCAAGUGGUCCUGAACAAUAGUUCUCCAGGCUUUCUUCAAAGUUCCUAUUUGGACACUGGCUGCUUCCUGACAGGAGAGAUGCAUCAGGAUCUUCACCUGAUCCAGUUGAUCCAUCAGUGGAAAGGUCAAGAAGUCAUAGUUAAGGAAAGGAAACUGGGAGAAAAAGGUGAAGUGUGCCUAAUUUCAUAAGAAGUGUACUGAAAAUCAGUGGCAGCAGGUCUGAUGAAGGGGUAAAUCCAAACUGGAAUUUAUUUAUUUUUUGGUUCACAUCUUUGUCUUUUUAUGAAAGAGGUAGGGAGAGAGCUACCACAGUGAGUGUCUACAUUAAUCUGUAAAACACAUUGGAGGCUCUGUCAUGAUUUGGAGCUGCAUUUCAGCCAGUGGUGUUGGAGAUCUUGUCAGAAUUGAUGGAAUUAUGAACACAGAAGAAGUGCUGUCAAAUUUAGAUCCACCAUGCAAUACCAUCUGGAAAGCAUCUAAUUGGCAACAAGUUUAUUUUUCAGCAUGACAGUGAUCCCAAACACACUCCUAAUACAGUAAAUGCAUACCUGGGUAGAAAAACACACAUUGAAACACUAUGAAUCAGCCUCCCCAGAGGCUGGACCUCAACAUUACUGAAGUAGUGUGGGAUCAUCUUUACAGAGAACAGAACAAAAAGCAGUAUAACAGAGAAACAAGAAAGCUUUGAAUGUCCUUUAGAAAGCCUCCAGAACUAUUCCUGUAGACUACUUAAAUAAAGUAUGAGAAAGCUUGCCUAAGAGUUCAGACUAUGUUGGAGAGUAAGGAUUGUCAUACAAAGUAUUGACUUUCGAGUUCCUUAGAAUUGUACAAACUCUGUUUUUGCCUAAACAAAACAUAAAGAAAUGAGAGGUGACGCAAGCAUAAUACUGCAUAUCAUUAUUGUGCCUAAUCUUGUAGCCUUGUAUCUCAUCUGUUAGGGGCCUAAAAGAAAGGUUGUGUGUCCCUGUGACUCUAAGAUAGGACAUAAUAUUUUAGAAUUAAAAAUUCAGUAAGCUUAAAGGUUGACAGAAGACUUCGUGCUAAUGCCUUACAUUAUUCACAUGUGAUGCAUUGUUAUUUCA